AGUGUCAAACAGCAUCGAACCCGUAGUUUCCAAUUUAAAUCACCGUGAACACACCACAACCGAACGAUACGCAUAAGCCGACGUCGCGACGCGAUGCCACCGCCGUCGCGGGCCUCCUAAUUCCGACCAACCCCGGCCCAAAACCCCGCUGCGGCUGUCUCGGGGUGUGCUCCCGUGUUUGUGUCUGUGCGUGUGCAACCCCCAGUUCAGUUCUCAGCCUUUUAGCCAAAGGAAGAUGUUCAGUUUCAUCAAAAAGGCGGGCACGGGCGUCGUCUCCGACAAGGAGGAUAAGGAGAAACGGAAAAGGGACAAGAAGGAUCGCAAGGAGAAGCAGAAGAGGGACAGAGCUUCGAUGUCAACCGAAGAUUUGUUAAGACUCGACGAGGUACGAAAGUCGCUGAAGAUCCGGGGCCGCCGCAAAGAAAAGGAGAAACUUCCGUCCGGAAUAACGGCCGACUACACCGCCGACUUCCUCGCCAACUACGAACGCAACGACUCCCCAUCCUCCAACCAAACAAACUCCCCGUCGAACGUAGCCCACGUCUUCGACGGUCACACCCAAUCGGACAGUUCCGAGACCAGCCUCAACUCCCUAAAUCACCGACCGCCUUUGCCUCCCAAGCCCCCCAAGAGGGGCAUCCUGAAAACACCCAGGGUGGUCCUGACGGACGAAAACGCCAAAACCGUGGCGGCCAACGGCCACGACAACAACUUAGCCCAAAACACCUUAAGGAACGAGGUGAUAGCCUACCAGAACGUCCCCGUGAACGGGAUCGUGAACGGCAACGACAAAGACCUGGCCAGCCAGCUGCUGGUGAUCACCUCCACGUCACCCAGCGCCGACAGCCUUACUGACACCACCAACUCCUCGUUCGCCACGCCGCCCUUCUCCCUAAGUCCGGUCGGGGAGUCGCAGGGCUUCCACAGGUGGUCCAGGACGGCCAACUUCGACGACGUCUCUCUGCCCCUGCCCGAAAUAGUGCCCCUGGUGCUCCCCAAACCGCGAGUGCUGACGAUCCAGAGACAGAAGCCGCCGCGUUCCGAUUUCGGGUUCUCGCUGCGCCGCGCCAUGGUGCUGGAACGACGCGCAGUUAGCGGCAACGACAACGUCGGUACGUCCGCGCAGUUCCCGAGCGUCGCGAUGCGUGCGGUUAUUUUCGCGGAGCCCGGUGCCACGGUGCAGCAUCACAACGAAACGGGGUUGUUGCCCGGCGAUAAGUUGCUGGAGGUGAACGGGGUGAAGGUGGAGGACAGGACCAGGGAGGAUAUCAUCGAUAUGAUCAAGGCCAGCGGUGAAUCCGUCACUUUAAAGGUGCAACCGGUGGCGGAACUGAGCGAGCUGAGCAGGAGAUCGGCACACGAUGGUGCGGAGAUCGUGCUGGACGAGUGCUACAUCAAGGGUGGCACGUUGAAACGUUCGGGUAGCAGGAGGUUCAACAAAUCGUCUGCGGCUAAAUCUGAGGAGAGUUUGGUGCAAGAGAAGCAAUGGCUGGACGCAGAGAAAAUCUGGCUGAUGCAUCGGGGCGGCUUCGCUGCAGCCCGCAAAGAGUCCGGCCCCAAUUGCGAUCCGGGGAAGAUCAGAAUCCGGCUGGAGCAAACCGGGGAUCUGCUCAGCGUCGACGAGGACGACAUAGAAAAGGCGAAUCCACCUCAGUUCGACAGGGCGGAAGAUUUGGCUGCGCUGAGACAUCUCAACGAGUCCAGCAUCUUGCACACUUUGAGGCAACGUUACGCGACCAAUUUAAUACACACCUACGCUGGCAACAACACGCUUUUAGUCGUUAAUCCGAUGGAACCACUCGCUAUUUACUCCGAAAAAGUGGUUGCACUGUUUAAAGGAUGUAAGUCAGAAGACAUGCCCCCCCACAUAUAUUCCAUGGCCCAAUCAGCUUACCACAACAUGUUGUCCAGCAGGAGGGACCAAUCUUUAGCCUUCUUAGGCCGUUCCGGCUCAGGCAAGACCACCAACUUCCGCCACAGCAUCCAGUAUCUGAUAACCGCCUGCGGCGUCCAAAACAAAAUCCUGACCGUUGAAAAAAUGCUGGCCGUGUGGACGGUACUCGAAAGCUUCGGCAACUGUCGCACCGUCAUGAACUCAAACGCCACCCGCUUCACCCAAAUCUUCUCCCUCGACUAUGACCAAAGCGGCCAGAUCGCGAGUGCCAGCCUCCAAAUACUGAUGCUGGAGAAGACGAGGAUUGCCAAGAAGAUAGAAGGGGAAACCACCUUCCACAUGUUGCACAGACUUUUGUGCGGCGUGGAGGGGACCUUAAGGAAAGAACUGUUCUUGGAUGGAGUCUCCGGGAACGAGAGUAACCCCUUCUUCAGCUACCCGGCGAAGCACGAAGACAAGCAAAGGGCCCAGGCCGAGUUCCAAAAGGUGUGCGCCUCGUUUGGAGUCUUGGGCAUCACGGAGAAUGAGCAGAAAGCCGUCUUCAGCGUUUUGGCCGCCAUUUUCCAUCUUGGUUGUGCUGGCGCCACCAAAGCCGGCAACAACUCCACCAGCAAAUACCAGUUCACCAACCCCCAGUGCGCCCAAAGAGCCGCCCAUCUCCUGGGCACCACAGUGGAGGAGCUAUCCAGAGUCAUAUUCGGCCUAGCUUCAGGCGGUACCAGCACCCCUAACGCCCCUCGAGCCCCAUUCAGGACCCCCUCACCGACAGACCGUGGCUUAGACCGCGAGGCUAUAGGUUUGGAGGCGGUGGAAGGCUUCGUCGUCGGUCUGUACGCGGAAGUCUUUAACUGCGUGGCCUCGCUGAUCAACAGGUCCAUUUCGGCCCCCACACACACAGUUACCUCGAUCCUUUUGGUCGACACACCCGGUUUUCAGAACCCUGCCACUUGCGGCAGACAGGCGGGCGCCUCGUUCGAAGACCUGUGCCACAAUUAUCUUCAGGAACGUUUGCAACUGCUGUUCCACCACACCAAUUUGGUGGCGCCGAAGGACCGGUACCUCCAGGAGAACAUUGAUUUCACCUACGAUGAGAAUGAGAACGAGAACUUGAUUAAUCCGACGCCCCUGGUUAAUUUGCUGGACAAGGCGGCGCAGAGUACGGUGGUGAGGACGUCCCAGACUGACCUUCAUGAAGGUGACAGGCGGGGAUUACUCUGGCUUUUGGAUGAGGAGGGUUUAUACCCCGGUUCUUCUGAUGAGAGCUUCCUGGAACGUCUAUUCACCCAUUACCAUGAAAGGGACCAUCAGUUGCUCCUCAGGAAGGCACCAGGCAACAACCAAUUUAUAUUGCAACACCUGCAGGGCACCAAUCCGGUUUUGUACAGUGCCAAGGGUUGGCUGAAGAACUCAAGAGAGAAUCCUGUGUCCAGGAGUGCCGUCACUGUCCUACAGGAGAGUUGCAAGGAGGACUUAAGUAAACUAUUUGUAGCAGUAAGAGGAUUAGGGUCCUCCAACUUUGGAGGCUCCUUGAUUGGAAUCGAAGGGUCUCAAUCCUUACGACGAGCCUCAUCCAUAAGAAGGACUGUUAAUGUGGGUACAGCUGCGAUAAAGCGAAAGAGCGUUUGUCUUCAGGUAAAGUUCUCCGUGGACGGCUUAGUGGAAACUUUACGAAGGACAAAGCUACGUUUCGUUCAUUGCAUUUUGCCUCAACACAACGCCGGCUCUGGUUUACCUAGUGGCGGCUUAAUGGGCGUCAAAUCCCCAACUGGGACGCCUGAAGAAGACAUCAUUAAUGUUCCUCUCCUAAGAUCACAGAUACGUGGAGGUCAAAUUUUGGACUCUGUACGUUUGUACAAACAAGGUUUUCCGACGUUUUUGCCCCUGGGUGAGUUCAGGAGGAAGUUCUGGCUUUUGGCUGGCGAUCACAAGGUUCAGACUAGUCCUGUUUUGGACGAGAGGAAGAGUGUUGAGGACAUGUUGUUAGCUCUCGAUUUGGAACUGUCCAGCUACAGAAUCGGUCUUAGCCAAAUCUUCUUCCGCAACGGAGUGAUCUCCCAGCUGGAGUCCCAGCGAGACGAAAAACUGGCCGGCAUGGUGGUGAACCUGCAGGCCCGCUGCCGCGGCCACUUGGCCCGGAAACGUCUCGAAAAACGCAAACUGCAAGACCUGGCCGUGCGCUGCAUCCAGAGGAACGUGCGCAAGUUCAUGCUGGUCAGGGACUGGCCCUGGUGGCGUCUCCUGGUGCGCGUCACCCCGCUGCUCAACGUGCACAGGACCGAGGAGGAGCUGCGCAUCAAAACGGAGGAGCUGGAAACGCUCAAGGCGAAACUGGACAAGGUGGAGACGGAGAGGACGACACUGAAACACGAGAACGACAAGCUCGAAGCCAAGCUAUCGGAAAUGACGGCCGAUUUGGCGGAGGAACACUCGACGGCCACGCUGGCGGCUGAAAGGCUGGAUGCUGAGCAGUCGGAACGCAUCAAACUGGAGAAGGAACUGUCGGAAGUCCAGCACAAAAACAAAGAGCUUCAACAGUCAUCAGAACGUCUGGAGAUGGAACUGCUGUACGCCAGGUCGGACCUGAACGGCAUCGUCGAAGAGGAGGAGGAAGGCGAGGGCGAGGAAGUCUACAAGCAACGUUACGAACGGGCCCUAAGAGAACUGGAAUUCACCAAGAGGCGUCUCCAGCAGCAGCACGAAGACGACCUGGAACAACUGGUCGGGUUGAAGAAACAACUCGAGAAGAAGUUGGCCGACGCGUAUGAGGAAGUCGAGGAACAGCGACAGGUGGUCGGUCAGUGGAAGAGGAAGGUCCAAAAAUUGAACGGCGAAAUGAAUGAUCUAAGGUUGUUGCUGGAGGAGCAGAGUGGCAGGAACAAUUUGUUGGAGAAAAAACAAAGGAAGUUCGAUUCAGAGACUCAGUUACUGCAGGAUGAGUUGAAGAAGGAGAGGCAGAGCAAGGACCGACUAGCCAGGGAGAAGGAGGUGCUGAUCGCUGAGAAGUACACGUUGGAGAGCAAUUUGGCGGACACACGUCUGGAGCUGGAGCUGAACAAUGAGAAGCUAGAGGCCCUCCAGCGGGAGUUCGACGAAGUAACCGGAGGCGGCAAAACUGAGGAAGAAGUGACGGUGCUGCGCAAACAGAAAAUCGACUGCGAACGCCGCCUCCAAGACCAAGAGGAGGAGCUGGACGAGUUAGCCGGUCAGGUGCAACUUCUGGAAGCCGCCAAACUGAGGCUCGAAAUGAACUUGGAGAGCAUGCGUAAGGAGGCCAAAAAGGAGGCCCAGCAACGCGACGAGGAGUUGGAGGACAUCAGAUGCAACAACCAGAAGAAGCUCAAAGCAUUGGAGAUGCAACUAGAAAAUGAACACGAAGAGAGGACGUUCCUGCUAAGGGAGAAGCACGAGCUGGAGCGUCGUCUGGCCUCAGCUUUGGAGAACGAAAGGUCCGACCGACAGGGUGAGGAACAGUUGGUGCAAAAGCUGAAGCGAGACCUGAAGCGCACCAAGGUGCUGCUGAAGGACACCCAGGCUCAACUGGAGCGUCAGAAGGCGGAAACGCCAGGCAAGAACAUGAUCAGACAGUUAAGAAACCAGGUGGAAGACUUGGAAUAUUCGAAAACGAUAGCGGUGAAAGCCAAACAAAGUUUGGAGGCCGAGCUGCUGGAGACCCAGGGACAGUUGGAGGAGGCCCACAGAUUGAAAAACGAGGCCGAAGACCGGGCCAACGGUUUGCUUAGAGAAAAGAGCGACCUGCAGACUCAGGUGGAGGAGAACGAGGAAGAGCUGGCUGAGGUUUUGAAGAAGUACAAGAGUACCGUGCAACAGAUGUCGUUGGAUCAAAUGGCGCUUCAGGAGCAGGUUUCUUUGGUGUCUGAGCUGGAGGUGGAGAGGAACCAGCUUAAGGAACAACUUGCGGAGCUGACUACUAGGUUGGAGUCGGUGGAGAGUAUGGGAGACGCGUCCAGUAAUCUGCUGUUGAGGAGGGCUGAAAUGAAGGUGAAGGAGCUGGAGUCGAAACUCGAGUUGGAGCAGACGACGAGGUCGAGGCUGGAAGUGCAGAUUGCGAGGUUGAAGGAGGCGGUGGAGAAGUUGCAAGGGGAGGUCGCCACUUGCAGAGGAAAGGAGCAGCAGUCUCAGGAUCAAGUGAGGAAGAUGCAACGCACCGUCAGAGAAAUUAAGGAGGAGUUGAAUAAGAGUUUAGUGAAGGAAUCAGAGGCUGUUCACAAGAAGAAGGAGUUGGAGAAGAGGUUGGAGGUGGCAGAAAGCGAAUGCCAGACGUCGAGGACGGACUUGAAGCUGGCUUUGAAACGAAUUGAGGACCUGCAGAAUGCGAUACAAGGCGAGAUGGACGACAGUAUUAGCGAUAAUUCCGACAGCGAGCAAGACACUUACAGCUCAGAUGAGUCUGUGAACACCUUCCUGGCGAACCACAAAUCAGGCAUCACCAAAUCAGAAAAGUCUUCCAACGAUCUUAGAAGAUUGUCAAACGCAAGUAGAUCGAGUACUUCAAGCGCUUUAGGGAAGGACAACUCGUAUACAUGAGUGGCGGUGAACAUCUGCAGGUCGUUGUCGUUGACGUUCUGCAGAUCGCCGCCUUCAGAUGAGGGCAAUCCCGUUUGAACAGACCGAAAGACUGAGGACACGGAAUCAAAACUGAUCGAGAAUAGUACUUAUGAUCAAACACGAUGCGGACUAUACUUUCUUGUUGGUGUUUUUGUUUACUGUUAGGUUUAUUAUUAUUAUUAUUAUUAUUAUUAAAAUUAUUGUUUAAAUGAAUUGAUGCGUCCAGUGGGACGGACGACUGUAAAUAAAAUGAUGAAUUUGAUUGUAAUAUAUAGACGCUGUACGGUUUUUCUAGUAAGUUAAUUUUUAUAAUGUAUGCAAAUAAACGAAGUCAUAUGUACCUUAUUGUAGAAAUUAUUAUGCUGACCUGUAUGUAAUAUAUAUGUUGUGGUAAUUAAUAUAUUGUUUAUUUAAUAA